UUUUACUCUUCGGAUGAAAACUCCGUUCCGUCUUCCGUUUGUGAUUUUUAGCCGUUUGUGGUUUGUGAAUUGUGUUGUGCACGUGAAGUUCAAAUUGAAUUUUCAUCAUUUCAUAUAUUUUUAAUAAUAGCCUAGAAACAUAAUCUCAUUAAAAUCAUGGAGCUUGUUUUGAGGAGUCGUUUAGCUUUAGGCAUCCUUAACCGGCUUGCAUCAGAUAGCGGCUACAACCCGGCGACCAACAGAAGCCUAAAAAGAAAUAGAAAUUACGAUGAAGAUGACGAUUCCAGUAGGAUUAAGUUCCGAAAGACAUCUAUCUCCGGCGAUGUAUUUAGGACAGAAAUUUGUGAUGGCGCAAAAACAAGGCAAAAUAUAAGUUCUACAUCUAACCACUGGUUAAAAUAUAACAACGUUGAGGACAAUGGGAAUAAUGUCAGUUAUAAUGUUGAUGAUGAGGUCCUGUUUGUAAAAGAAAUCUCGAAGUCUCCAAUAUCAAAGAACAAUGUCUAUAAAAAUGAAGGUAGAGAUGAACUCCAGUAUUACAUAUUAGGGCGGAACAUUAAUAAGAGAGAAGCAAGUUAUACACCUAGAAAAUAUAUCAAACUGCAAGGUCCUAUUGGAAUUGUGAAGUCUUACAAAAAAACACCUAAAAAAUGUUUUAAGCAACUAAAGAUAACUGACAUGGGGUUCAAUACAGUGAAGCCUAAAAAAUAUUUUAAGCAACUAAAGAUAACUGAUAUGGGGUUCAAUACAGUGAAGCAUAAUAAUGACUUAACUAAAGAGUAUGAUCCCAUAACAGUGGCAUCUAAAUGUUUAUCAGAUUCAGAAGUCAACUUUGUACCAUUGGAAAAAUCAACUUCCUUCACUAAAGUCGACAGAGUCAAUACUUUAAGAGAUAACCAGAAAGACAUUCCGGUGGUAUCAAUGGACUGGCUCUCACAACUAAAUACUAAGUACAUUAUUAAAAACAAUCAUACACAGGCUAAGAUGUUGGAUUUAAUGAGGGAAUCUGAUAUUAACAGCAAAGUUAUCAGUGACCUGAGAGUAGCAUUCUUAGAAAAUAUGUCAAAAUAUGAAUUAAGUUCACCAUAUAGUUUAAUAGUGGAGCCUAAACCCACUGAUAGUGUAUUACAUGUGCCUAAACACAAUGAUACUACUACAGAGUAUCCUAAACCCACUGUUGAGUUGCCACCAUUGACUCUUGCACAGGAAGAAUUAGUCAAAAAAGCAUUUGGUCCUGGUCCUGCCGGACAACUUCUAGUAGAGAAAUUUAAUUUAAAGAUUUUCAGACGUGAUCUCCAAACCUUGGCAGGACAAAACUGGCUCAAUGAUGAAGUGAUAAACUUCUAUAUGAACUUGUUAAUUCAAAGGAGUGAGACGCGGGAAGAUUUACCUAAAGUUUAUGCCACCAACACUUUCUUCUAUCCCAAGCUUAUGCAGAGUGGUCAUGCUGGACUUAAAAGAUGGACGCGAAAGGUGGAUAUAUUUGAGCAUGACCUCAUGUUGGUUCCCGUCCAUCUCGGAAAGCACUGGUGCCUGAGUCUAAUAGACUUUCGGGAGAAGAAGAUCAGCUACCUGGAUAGCUUGGGCCACCGCAACCAGGCCUGCCUCGACGCGCUGCUCAAAUAUUUGUACGACGAACACAAGGACAAAAAGGGGCAAACCUUCGACAGCAGCGAAUGGGUCACAGAGAAUCUCAAGGACAUACCGCAGCAAUUGAACGGCAGCGACUGCGGCAUCUUCGCGUGCACGUUCGCCGAGUUCAGCGCACGCGGCGCCGAGUACAGUUUCACGCAGGCGCAGAUGCCUUACCUGCGCCGCAAGGCCGCGCUCGAGAUCCUGCAGGCCAGGCUCCUGCUCUAACCCGGCACCGAGUCCUCGGGAAACUUGCUUUGCAUUGGGAGUAUGCAACACGUGUCACCUGCUCGAGGAAUGAUAGGCCUUCUUCAUACUAUAUCCGACUUCUACACUUGUAAUGUUACUGUUAAAAAAAUCAAAAGUAGAUUAUAAGCUUUUUUUGUCGAAAACAAAUCAAUCACAAAGGUUAACGUUAAAAAAAAUCAGUAUUAUAAUAGUAAGUAUAGUAAUGAAAUUUAUGUUGUUAAGAAUAUUUUGUUACAUUUUCUUAGGAAAACUCGUAUCAGAUCAGUUAUUAUAUAGUUUUUGUUAUUUUCUUUUUGAUAUAAGUUUACGCUAAAAAAAGAUCUCGAAUCUCAACAGAUGCUUUAUUAUAUAUUUUAAGUUAUUUUCUUUUUUAUAUAACGCUAGUUUAUAUUUAGUUAUUUUCUUUUUUAUAUUAAGCUAAAAAAAGAUCUCCUAACUCAA